CUCCGCUUUGGUCCUAAAAUCGCAUCUAGGACAGUUGUAAACACUUCUAUUGCACCAUACCAUUAUGAACUUUACACAAGUAGCAUGUUUAGUGCUGUUUUAUUGAUACCAACUCUGAUGUUGCACACAUCGCAUGGCGUAGGACAGGAAAGGGUUAAUUUUUUCCGCCGCCGACAUUUUUGUUCGGCGCUCAACGGCAACUUUUCAACUUACAUGUGCAACGAGCUGGCGUUAUGUGCCCAGACUUUCUUCAGACAUGUCGGUGAGGGAGUCAUUUAACCCUGAAAGCUAUGAGCUGGACAAGAACUUCAGACUCACACGCUUCGCUGAGCUCAAGGGCACAGGCUGCAAGGUGCCCCAAGAAGUGUUACAGAAGCUGCUAGAAACCCUACAGGAGAACCAUUAUCAAGAGGAUGAACAGUUCCUUGGGGCAGUUAUGCCUCGAUUAGGCAUAGGCAUGGACACAUGUGUGAUCCCCCUCAGACAUGGUGGACUUUCUCUGGUCCAGACGACAGACUACAUCUACCCCAUUGUGGAUGAUCCCUACAUGAUGGGCAGAAUUGCUUGUGCCAAUGUUCUAAGUGACCUGUAUGCCAUGGGAGUGACAGAGUGUGACAACAUGUUGAUGCUUCUAGGAGUCAGCAACAAAAUGUCAGAGAAGGAACGAGACAAAGUGAUGCCACUGAUCAUCCAGGGGUUCAAAGAUGCGUCAGAGGAGGCAGGCACAUCUGUAACUGGAGGACAGACGGUGCUCAACCCCUGGGUGGUGAUGGGAGGAGUUGCUACAACAGUCUGCCAGCCCAAUGAAUUUAUCAUGCCAGACAAUGCAGUGCCAGGAGACGUGUUGGUGUUGACUAAGCCACUUGGAACACAAGUGGCUGUUGCGGUACACCAGUGGCUAGAUAUUCCUGAGAAGUGGAACAAGAUCAAGCUGGUGGUAACCCAAGAAGAUGUAGAACUGGCCUACCACGAAGCCAUGAUGAACAUGGCUCGGCUCAACAGGACAGCGGCUGGUCUCAUGCAUACCUUCAACGCUCAUGCAGCCACUGACAUCACAGGCUUUGGCAUCCUCGGCCACGCUCAGACGCUGGCACGGCAACAACGAAGUGAGGUCUCAUUUGUCAUCCACAACCUCCCAGUGCUCGCCAAGAUGGCCGCCGUGUCCAAGGCCUGUGGGAACAUGUUCGGACUAAUGCACGGCACUUGCCCUGAAACAUCAGGAGGCCUGCUUAUCUGUCUUCCUCGGGAGCAGGCCGCUCGCUUCUGUGCCGAAAUCAAAUCCCCAAAGUACGGCGAGGGCCACCAAGCGUGGAUCAUCGGAAUUGUAGAGAAAGGAAACCGCACUGCCCGCAUCAUUGACAAACCGCGGAUCAUAGAGGUGGCACCGCAAGCAGCCACACAGAAUGUCAACCCAACUCCUGGUGCAACUUCUUAAUCCUCCUCCUUUGCUGCAUCAUAGACCGGAAAACAAAAGCUCUGCUGAGUGAUUUUAGACACAUAAACUACAAAACCAUCCUAGAGUGUUUAAAUAUAUACACAAAAUAGUAUGUACACAGAAGAGACUGGGUUGGCGUGUAUCUACAUGAAAAACAGCCUUGCACAGUGGCCCGGGAGGCAUGUCACCACCCAGUGGACUCAACCUGCAGUAUCCCCAUGAUAAAAAUGGUUAAGAAAUAAGAGCAUACUUAAAAUCCAUUUGCCUUUCAUGUCUGUUGUGUUCUGAUAUGUUCAGUGUGUGUGUUUGGCAGGCAGCUUCUGAUAAGAAUGAAAAUGACAAUAAUCUGAUACUGUUGAUUCAUUUUGAAUCUUAGGAAGUCUGGUGUCCGUUGCCUCUUUGGGUCUUUUUAAAAUUGCUCUCAUCAAGCAAGUGGACCGUUUGAUGGCGUUUUUGUUUGUCCUUUCACUUUGUACAGUUAUAAAGUCUAGUUUUAGUUCAUUGUUGUAACUGAUGCCUUGAAAGAAACUGUGUGUGACCAGAAAGGUUUGUUUUUUUAUUACUUUGACUUUUUGUAUUGUCCCCACCUAAACUAAUAAAUAUUCAAAUCGAAGAUGGUUCGUUUGUUCCCGCUAUCUGGGAGCUGCACUCAUGUGAAUGAACUAAAUCAGAUGUGACUGACUGCUUCCGUCAUGGAACUGCAAAUUGUUUUUUGUUUUUUUUUAACAUUAGCAUAUUAAAGUCAUUGUUCAUUGACCUGAAGUAAUAGACGAACCUUCUACCAUCUGCAUUCCAAUUACAUCAGGGUGUAUAGAAUUUGCAUUAUCUGGUCACAGCUUUGUGCACAAAAAACAGUCUGGGUUGUGAACAACAAGCAGUCUAGUGAACUUGUUGCCUGUUGCCAUUGUUUGUUCUGGUGCGUUAAGUUUUGCUCUCUUAUGGCGUCGAGAACAUGUAAAGAGAGCAUUCUGACUUCCAGCUGUCCGCAGAAGUCCACAUCACUUUUGUUUAUUCUGAUAGCCUCGUUGAACCUGGAAGGCCUCUGUAAAUGAUCACACCCCACCUCUUAAAAUAAACUUCUCUUAUAAUAAA